AUGACAGUUAUUCAAAGGACUAGUUCGGCAAAAGUGGACAAAAUGGAUGGUGCUUCGAAAGAAGACAGUGGAAAAUCAGCGCGACCAGUGAGGAACAGGAGAUACACGAGGAGAUGCUUAGUGGCCGGCCAGCGUCCUCAGAAGAGGCUGUUCACUCCAGAAAUAAAACGCUAUCUCAAAGAUUGGCUCGUCCGACGAAGAGACAAUCCUUACCCGAACCGCGAAGAAAAAAAACAAUUAUCGAGAGAGACGGGAUUAACGUACAUACAAAUCUGCAACUGGUUCGCUAACUGGAGAAGAAAAUUAAAGAACGUGAAUGCUGAUCGCAAUCAACUCACGUGGGGUCAUUUAAUACGUACAUACAACGACCGCGCCCAGGGCAACGUGGAGCAAUUCAGCAUCUGCUCAGACGACAGCAUAUGGAGCGAGCCAGAACAAUCCAGUUCAAACAACGAACAAGAUUACGACACGAGGUUCGAAAACAGCCCGGACUCGAACACUUCAUAUAAACAAGACACAGAAGAAACAUCACCACCCUGCCAGAAAUACGAAAGCUUCAACAAUAAUUCCAACGAGAUAGAAAGAUGCGAUGAUAAUAACUGCGAUAAGGUCAUCACUAGUCCAGUACUUCUAAGCAAAUGGCUGGAAAGCGCAGCUCGAUUCCAACCAAGCGAAACUAAUUAUUCGUGGUGGGCGGAUGGAAGAAGACGAAAACAAGAACAAAAAGUACAAAGAAUAGUUCUGAAUACAAUAAAACAUGACAGGGAUGAGGUCGAAGCGGCGAUGGCACUUACGACAUUGGCAUCAGCUAAUUGUCUUACCGCUCCGUAA